UUCCUAAUAAAUUAUUAUAAAAAAAUAAAAUUAAAUGGAGAAUGAAAAUAAAGACGCUCUUUCGUCAGAGAAAAGUCCUAAAAAUCAACCGCUCCAAUUACUGCAGCAUAAUGAUGCCAAGUUCAUUGCCUGCGAUCUGAGGAGUCGGGAUUUGGUCAAGUGCCGUAGUUGUCUUACUCCCUUUUGCGAAAAACCCAUCAAGGUUUACCAUAAUUCCCGAAAUUACCUGGCCUGCAGUAUCAAGAGGUCAUUGUCCGAAAACUCUACAAGGUCACUGCCAACAAAUGGUACUUUAAAGCCAAAUAAAAAACUUAGUAAAUCACUGCGGCAUUGGUAUGAUUAUCAAGGAUGUGCUUCCCUGUGCAAAACCUCAAAAAAGGUCAUAAAGGGUAUCAGACUAUCUGUACUAAUAGAACACAAUAAAUACCGAAAACUCCAUGGCGCAGGUCCCCUGAAAAUGGAUUAUCAAUUAUCUAUCUAUGCACAAGAAUGGGCAGAUCACUUGGCUGAACAGAACCUCCUGGAAACUCGACCUCAUCCUAUUUAUGGCGAGAACAUAAUGUGUGUCCGUAGAUCACUUUUCAAUGUGGAGCAAAUAAUAAAACUCUGGUACCAGGAGAAGUACAAUUACGAUUAUUUGAAGCCAGGUUUCGAUCUGUAUACUGGACAUUUUACUCAAAUAGUUUGGUGGGAAACAGAGUUCCUGGGAGUUGGUGUGGCUUCCAAUGAUACUCGUAUUUGCAUUGUGUGCAAUUAUAACCCACCUGGAAAUAUAAAUGGCCAUUUUCAGAAGAAUGUCUUACCAAGAAAACUCCUAAUUGAAUCGAAUAUGGAGCUGCCUCCGUCCCAGGACAUAAAGACCUAAAGAGUGUACAAAUUUAAGUUAAAUAUUUUGUCAGCUUGUAUAUAAAUUAAGUAAAUAAAUAUCCAAAAAACAAAA